UCAGACAUCAUCUUCAACAGCUCAUCCGCGUCAUCACUGUAAUCUCGCGCCCCGCGGACGUCUCGCGAGAGAGCGCGCUGAAGACGAAAAUGGCGGACACAUCGAUGGAGAUCGUGGAGGGCUGCCGUCUCCCUGUUCUCCGGAAAAAUCAAGAAAAUGAGGACGAGUGGCCACUGGCUGAAAUUCUCAGUGUCAAAGAUACACUUGGGAGGAAGCUUUUCUAUGUUCACUACAUUGACUUUAACAAGCGUCUGGAUGAAUGGGUCACUCCGGACAGGUUGGACAUGAAAAAGCUCCAAUUUCCAAAGAAGGAGGCGAAAACACCCACAAAAAAUGGACUACCUGGGUCUCGACCCAGUUCACCAGAAAGAGAAGUGAGGAAGAGUCUAGAUCUCAACGUUCAAGCUGCUUCAGCUCCUUCCAGAGGCAAAACCCUCCCCACACCGAAGAGAAAAGCCGAAACUGUCUCUUUGGCAUCACAAGUUACUCCAGCGACAUCAGUGCCUUCACUCCCCAGCUCAGCAGAGGCCACGCAGGCAUCUGUGUACCCAGCAGCCCGGGAAACGUUCACCACAAAAACCAGAGAAGAUGAACCGCUCACCUCUAUCACUACAGUAACGAAUGGCACAACUCGCCGUGUUCUCCCACCUUCUCAGCCUGGCAGGAAAAGGAAGACUUGUGGGACAGAUGAGAUGAUAAAGGUAUUCCAGUAUAACAGCCCUCGCACCACCAGUGGCUGUCUGCCGCCGGGAGAGGACUCUCAGGACAGCUCGGACGGAAUCCCCACAGCCCCCCGCAUGACCGGCAGCUUGGUGUCGGACCGCAGUCACGAUGACAUCAUCACACGCAUGAAGAACAUCGACUGUAUCGAGCUGGGCCGCCAUCGCCUCAAGCCCUGGUACUUCUCCCCUUACCCACAGGAGCUGACCACUCUACCCAUCCUCUACCUCUGCGAGUUCUGCCUCAAGUACCUCAAGAGCCUCAAGUGUUUGCAGAGGCACCUGACAAAGUGUAACCUCCGGCAUCCUCCAGGAAAUGAAAUCUACCGCAAAGGGACCAUCUCCUUCUUUGAAAUUGAUGGCCGGAAAAACAAGACAUACUCCCAGAACUUGUGUUUAUUGGCAAAAUGCUUCCUGGACCACAAGACCCUGUACUAUGACACAGACCCCUUCCUUUUCUAUGUAAUGACAGAGUAUGACUGCAAAGGCUUUCACAUAGUCGGCUACUUCUCUAAGGAAAAAGAGUCAACAGAAGAUUAUAACGUGGCCUGUAUUCUGACACUACCACCAUAUCAGAGGAGAGGUUAUGGAAAACUGCUGAUUGAGUUCAGUUAUGAGUUGUCUAAAGUGGAGGGAAAGACGGGGACCCCAGAAAAGCCUCUGUCUGACCUGGGCCUGCUGUCUUAUCGCUCCUACUGGUCUCAGACCAUUCUGGAAAUUCUCAUGGACCUCAAAUCAGACAACGGAGAAAGACCGCAAAUUACAAUCAAUGAAAUUAGCGAGAUAACCAGUGUAAAAAAGGAGGACGUAAUAUCGACCUUACAGUACCUCAACCUCAUCAAUUACUACAAGGGUCAGUAUAUCCUCACUCUGUCAGAGGACAUUGUGGACGGUCAUGAACGUGCCAUGCAGAAGCGCCACCUACGCAUCGACCCCAAAUGUCUGCAUUUCACCCCAAAAGACUGGAGCAAAAGGGGCAAGUGGUAGAAAAAAAACACGCUGCACUGAUGGACACUUAGCUUGGAGAGCUGCUGAAUACAUAGACGACCAGGCCGGAGUGGCAAUGGAUAGACCCUUAAAAAAGAAGACUAAAGAAAGAGGGGUUGGAGGGGGGGGGGGGUAUUAUUGGCGAUUAUUCUAGAGAUGAUACUUAUGUCACCAGCAGUCAUAUUCACAUUUGUCUUCAUGUGCCGCCUUUUUUACUUUAAGAUCAGUGGAAUAAAUGGAGAUGUUCAUCAUACUUUGUGUUGGAAGCUGCUUCUAAAAAGGUGCUUCACACUUCAUAUGUUCUUUUCAGACUACUUCUCUUCUAAUGUUUUUUGUGUGUCUCCCUUCCUUCUUGCUACUUUUAUUCAUCCAUUCUUGAGUCUUAACAACAUAUUGCUUAAUUGUUUGUAAACAAAAAAAAAUACUAGACUUUUUACUGUCAUUUUGACUACUGUGGAAGUGUCAAAUCAAGCAACGUUUACAUGCACUCAGAAAUCCAUUUAUAAUCAGAUUGCUGCGGUUAUUUGAUUAUUGUUAAGUAUUCCUCAAUAUCAGAUUAGGAAAUCAGAUUAAGAGAUGUGGAUUUUAGCUCCGUAAUCGUAAUUUUAGUCCAUUUAUAUACACUUAACUGGAGUACUCUCCUAUUUCUCAGUCUCCGCAUGCUUAAAAACAGACCAAAGUACCGGAAAUGAGCAAGCAGCUAUUAACACCACCUUUUGUCUAAUUACUCAAGUUAAUUCUAAAUGUGUGGAUUGAAAACUGACAUGUUCUGCAGUAAGCGGAUUAUGAAGUGUAUGUAAACACACUCGUAUGUUAAGUCAGUCAUGGUGUUUUUCUACAUGCACAGAAUCCCCUGGAACCUACGCACAAGCUAACGUGAGCUUUGAUCAUUAGUAACUGUACAUAAUGUACAUUAUUUUUCUCCUUCUGUGUUUUAUUUCGUGAAGGAAGUUUUUAACUGCAUCUCUUGUGAGUGUGUGUGUGGGUGUUUAAAACGUUCAUAAGCCAUGUUGAACUGUUACAAGAAUGUAAAUUGAGAUGCGUGUACAGCUGUCAAUCAGUCAUAAAAAAAAAGAAUGUAAACCAUGAAA